AUGGCUGGCCAGCACAUCCUUCCUCAAGCUUUAUAUCAUAGCAAUAUGCUGAAAGCUGUGAAGAUUAGAGAGAGAGCACCUGAAGAUCUGGUCAAAUCCCCCGGUGGAAUAAUUCACCACUUCAGAACUAUGCACAGAUACACCAUAGAAAUGUUCAGAAUGUGCCAGUUUUGCCCUCAGUUUCGGGAAUUACUUCAGAAGGCCCUGACUGACCAGACCACGCAGGCUUCACUAGAGCGCCAAAGGAAACUGAACUGGUGCAUGGAAGUCAGGAAACUUGUGCCUUUGAAGACUAAUGGUGAUGGAAACUGCCUCAUGCAUGCUGCAUCCCAGUACAUGUGGGGUAUUGAAGAUAUUGACCUUGUCUUAAGGAAAACAUUGUUCAGCACGCUCAGGGAGAUGGACACACAGAACUUCAAGCUCCGCUGGCAGAGGGAGGCACUUAAAUCCCAGGAUUUUGUAGAAACAGGGCUCCACUAUGACACCCGAAACUGGGAGGAGGAGUGGGAAUAUCUCAUUGAAAUGACAUCUCCAGAAACAUCUGGUGCUCGAAACAGGCUUCCCUAUAAUGCACUGGAAGAAAUCCACAUCUUCGUCCUUGCUAACAUCCUCAGAAGACCAAUCAUUGUCCUUGCAGAUAAAGUGGUGAGAAGUUUAGAGUCUGGCUCCAGCUUUGCUCCUCUGAACAUUGGUGGGAUUUACUUGCCUCUCCUUUGGCCAGCUGAAGAAUGCUACAGAUAUCCAAUUGUGCUUGGCUAUGACAAUAUGCAUUUUACACCACUUGUGACUCUGAAGGACAGUGGACCAGAAAUCCGGGCUGUCCCUUUGGUCACCAGUGAACGAGGCAGAUUUGAGGACUUGAAUGUGCACUUUCUGACAGACGCAGAGGACAGGGAAAAAGAGAAGCUGCUAAAAGACUACCUGAUAGUAAUAGAAAUUCCAGUGCAAGGCUGGGAUCAUGGUACAACUCUUCUAAUUAAUGCUGCAAAGUUAGAUGAAGGCAACCUCCCCAAAGAAAUAAACCUGGUGGAAGAUUAUUUGCAGCUGGUACAGCAUGAGUACAAGAAAUGGCAGGAGAACAGUGAACCUGCUAGGAGAGAGGCCUGCACCAGGAACAGACAGGAAUUUUCUUUCUCUCAGCUGUCCCUCUUAAAGGUGAAAUGUGAAACUCCAAAUUGCCCUUUUUAUAUGUCUGUGAACACCCAGCCCUACUGCCAUGAGUGCUUUGAGCAGAGAUCACAAGGAGGUAAAGGAAGAAAGCAGAUGUCCAAAACGGCGCCUGAGAAACCAAGGGCAACUGGAUCCGGCUCUUCCCGUGGGGAAGGUUGUGAGCCUGGAGGAUGGACAUUGGAAGAGCCCAUAACAGGGCCUCGCUCUGCACCUCCAACUGCUCCGAGCCCUUUCCUGUACAGCGAAACCACUGCCAUGAAAUGCAGGACUCCAGACUGCCCGUUUACGUUAAAUGUGCACCACAACGGACUUUGCGAACGCUGCUACAACAGCAGGCAGCUUGGUUCUCGUAACAAAUUGGAUGACCGAGGCCAUUUAGACUACGCGACAUGCAAGGUGUGCUUUCAGAAGGCCAACAGGACCUUUAAUGGCAUAUGCAGCACUUGUUUCAAAAGGACUACAGAGCGUUCCUCAAACGGCAGCCCAAGUUUUCUGCCCACGUGCCAUCAGAGGUCUUCGAGUACAUGGAAAACCACGGUAAGCGGAGAUGUUGUGAGCUUUGUCACACUUUGGCUUCGAGUAGAACUCAUGAAGCUACGGAGCUACAGUGCUUUACUGCGGCACCAGAGGAGGUCUCAGAGGAAUUCCUCGGCAGCGGGGCAGUCUGGCAGCUCCGCUGCCGCCUUCCACAACACGGUAUCCUGCCAGCGGAGAGACUGUGGCACCCUGGGGAGCACCAUGCUGGAAGGCUACUGCCAGAACUGUUUCAUUAAAGCCCAGAACCAGCGAUUUCAAGAAGCCAGGAGGACAGAAGAACAGCUCGUGAGACAGACACAAAGAAUAGGACAGCACAGAGAUUCACAGCGAGCAGCAGUGACUAGCCAGAAGAGACAGUGUGGUGGGGCUUCGUGCAGAAACAACCUGGCCGGCCGAAGUGACGAUUUGUGCCCAGAGUGUCGGCGCCUCAGCCAGCGCGUGCAGUCGGGGAGUCCCAGGGACUCAGCUGCAGAGGAGACCCCAAAGCAACGCUGCCGAGCGCCUGCGUGCGAUCACUAUGGCAAUGCCAAGUGCAAUGGUUACUGCAACGAAUGCUACCAGUUCAAGCAGAUCUACGGCUAGCGGAGAGGAAGAGCUGGUGACAAACAAGAAAAUGAUACCAGCUGCUUCCAUAACUGAAAUGGUGCUACGUCCACAACACUUAACAGACCUGAAAGCAUGGGGAGGAGGGGAAAUAUAAGCUGUCUGCUCUUGUUCCUGUUUAUUUCCAAGAAUGGGAAUAAAUAUCUACUUCCUAUAAACACUGCAUACGUGAACUGAUGAGAAGUACAGUUUGCUUUCUGCACAGAGCUGUCUUUCAUGACUAGGCUCCUAUAAUGCCAUAUUUAAUUCUCGGGCUUCCCAGGGGGAAGUUUGAAGCCUCUGAAUCCAAAGAACUUUUCAGUUCUGUCUCUUUCUCCACAGC